CUCAGAUGCUCAGUUGCGGAUAUCCAAUACACACACAAUGCUAUCUCUGAAAGCCCGCACACUCUUUGCCCCUCCAUUUUCCCUCGCUUUCCCGCAUCCCAAACACCUCUCCAUCGUCAAACCCUCGUUUUCCUUCAAACUCGCCGCCAAGAUGUCGUCGUCGUCGUCGUCCCAAUCCGUUGUCGAACACGUGGUCCUCUUCAAGGUCAAGGAGAACACAGAGCCGUCCAAGGUCAACGCGAUGGUCAGCAAUCUCAACGGCCUGAUCUCGCUCGACCAGGUCCUCCAUAUCACCGCAGGCCCUGUCCACCGCACCGCAUCCUCCCCCAUCGCCUUCACCCACGCGCUCCACAGCCGCUACAAAACCAAGGACGACCUCGCCGGCUACUCGGCGCACCCUCGCCAUGUCAGCGUCGUCAAGGAAUCGGUCCUCCCCAUCGUUGACGACAUCAUGGCCGUUGAUUGGAUCGGCAACGGUGACGAUCAAGAUCUCCUCGUGGCCCCACCGCCGGGUUCCGCGGUGAAACUCACCUUCUUGAAGCUCAAGGAGGGCCUGGGCGAGGAGGUAAAAUCUGAGAUUCUCGGGGUUAUUAAGGGUUUAAAGGGAAAAUUCUCGCAGAUCGAUCAGAUUACCUGCGGGGAAAACUUCUCGCCGGCGAGGGCCAAGGGGUACUCGCUGGCUUCGCUCGCGGUUUUCCCUGGAGUGAGCGAAAUGGAGGCCGUGGAUUCCAACGAGCAAUUGGUGAACUCGCAGAAGGAGAAGGUUAGGGAUUACUUGGACAGUGUGGUUGUCAUUGACUAUGUGAUCCCGCCGCCACAAUCCGCGAGUCUUUAGAAUUUGGUAUUUAUGUUUCCCCGAAAAUUUUAAUUUGAUUAAUAAAAGCUUUACCCUUUUAUUUACGAA